AUGGUUGGGCCAAACGAGAAAGAAUUCAUGAUACACUCAAGCCUUUUGGCUAGUCUGUCCAAACCUCUGGAUUCUCUCAUCAACGGACCUCUCAAGGCUCACAAUGGUGUCACUCACCUGCCAGAGACUGAUGAGGCAACAUUCGACCGAUUUUGUCAGUUCGCUUACAGAGGUGACUACGAAGUCGCCGAGCUCAACUUUACAAUCCCUGUGACCUGCAGAGAUCCUGAACAUAAGGUCUGCAACAGCUGCAAAAAGAAUACGAAACGGAGUAACAAAGGAAGCAGACAAUCUUAUGGCAGCGACGGGUAUUGCAAUGUCUGCGACUGUCACCGGGUUAUUUGCGUUUGUAGAAAAGGCGCGCUCCUGAAUCAUGGUACCGAUGAGCCCAAAGUACAAGCGCUAUGGGACGCAUUUAUCCAAGAAUCUGGAAUCUCGGUACCCAUGCUACAGUCACUCGAGAUCGGAGAGCUAGCGGGGCGAUGCUGGUCCGACGUAUUACUCGCCCAUGCCCGAGUCUACGUCUUGGCAGACUACAACAUGAUCGACGCACUUGCCGAGCUCGCAAAGAAGAAGCUCCACCAGGCUCUCAUUCUAUUUGAGCUCAAGGAGGAUAAUGUCGACGAUAUUACCAGCUUGGUCGAUUACGUUUGUGAGAAUACGGUGGACAAGGCGGAAGGUCCUGACCGGCUUCGCGCUCUCCUCUACCGCUACUGUGCGUUCAAUAUUCAACAGCUUUCACCAAAUGAGAAGUUCCGGGCAUUGCUUGACCAGAGGGGUGACUUGGGAAGCGCAAUCAUUCAGCAGCUAUUGGAGAGAAUCUCCUGA